GCCCCUUUUUUGACUUCAACGCAUCGUUGUCUUUCUCUCUCCUCUGACGCCUCCUCCUCCCACCACCCAGCGAGCACAACCAACAACAACAACACCAAGAAACUUUCGAAUGAUCAUCAUCUACAACAACAUAAUUCUUGCUAAUUCUUAACAUUUGAUUGUUUCUUCCCUUCAACAUUGCAUUAUAUUCAAUUCUCUCCUAUUACAUUCUCACAUUUCCAGCCUCAUUCUUGGGUUUUCAACCUUUGAGAAAAAGUUGCAAGAGUUUGGAUAUUUCUACAAGCUCAUUCUGUUUCUGGGGUUGGAUAAAAAUAUAGCAAGAGAGAAGGAACUUUGAAAGUUCAAUGAGAUAUGAGAUGGGAAUUUUGCGUUUGGGUUGGUGAAUUUGAUAGCAAUGGAAUUGACAAGACCCGGUUAUGCGGUUAUUUAUGUCAUCCUCCUUUGCGCGUUGGCUCAAGGGGGCUCAGAGGGGAAGAAGGGGAAGGACGAGGAUUUUUCUAGCUGUGCUGGUGGAGGACCAUCUUUCUCAUCUUCCUUUCAUGUUCAUGGAAAACAGGUAGAAAAUGUGGGGAAACAUUGCAGGAAAGAAUUGGUAGAAAAGAGUAAUGAUGAUGUUAAGGAUUUUGACUUGCAUUUACUGGAAAGAGGCAGUGACUUGAGGUGUAUUCAUUUACUAGAAAAUGAAAUUCCUAAGACAACAAAGUCUCUGUCUCCUGUUAUGAGAAAAAAGGUUUUAGAUUGCAUUAGAAGGAGCACUCCUCCUGCUCCUCCUGUUUCUCAAAAGAAAACUGGCUCUAGAUAUUUGUUAACAAAACAUUCUAGAUCAACUUUGGGUUUGGAAAGUGGUCAUCAUGGAAGAAACUUGAUUUCUGAUCCUCCACAUAAUGAGUUAUCACCAAGUCCAGCUGGUACAGUUCCAUCCCCAGGGCCAGCAUUGGAAUCACCAACACCAAAUCAUGGUCCAACACCAGCAAAUUCUCCAUCAUCACCAACUCCAACACCAGAAAAUUCUUCACCAUCAUCAACUCCAAGUCCCACUGCAAUGGUGCCGCCAACAUCACCACCGCGCCAACAUCCUCCUCCUUCUCCUGAAAAAUUACAACAUGUAACAUAUGCUCCUGAUCCUUCACCUCCUGACAAAGGUGAUAGAAAGCAGAAAGCAAUUAUUUUAGCUGUCACUGUAUCAGGAAUUAUUAUCAUGAUUGGCCUGGCUCUAUGCUAUCGCGAGUCCAGAAGAAGCGACAGAGCUGACAAAGAUGAAGGGCCUUUACUCAUAUUAACUUCAAGUGAUUACUCUGGAGGCAAACAGAAGGUUGUCCGUUUGGGAAAUGCUAAUAAUGAAGGAUCUGGUAUUAGCAAUGGAAAGAAGCCUUCUAAUGUUAGAAAUUGGUCUAUGAAGGCUGGAGAUAACAACACCUCAGUGGUUGAGGCAACAUCAUCAGAAGGUGUGGGACAAGUACCGGAACCUCCUAAUGGAAAACCACCCCCUCCACCCCCUGGCCCGCCUCCACCACCGCCACCACGGAAACCACCUGCUCCUGCUCCUCGUCCACCACCACCUCCUAGAGCUGGUCAGCCUCCUCCUGCUCCUCCCAAGCCAGUGAAAGUUGGAAACCAAGGAGCUAAUCAGGGAGGUACUAGUGAUGGUGAUGCUCCAAAACCAAAACUAAAACCAUUCUUUUGGGAUAAGGUUGCUGCAAAACCUGAUCAACAAAUGGUGUGGCAUGAGAUCAGUGCAGGGUCAUUCGUGUUCAAUGAGGAAAAGAUGGAGUCUUUAUUUGGCUGUGCCAACCAGAACAGAAAUGAACGCAAAAAAGAUUCACCAUCUGUUGAUACAUCAGUGCAGUAUAUUCAGAUUAUUGACCCUAAGAAAGCACAGAAUUUAUCAAUUCUUUUACGAGCUCUGAAUGUGACAACAGAUGAAGUUAUAGAUGCUCUUAGAGAAGGUAAUGAGAUUCCUGUCGAGCUCAUCCAGACGCUGUUGAAGAUGGCACCAACAACAGAAGAGGAACUGAAGCUCAGGUUAUUCACGGGAGAGUUGUCUCAAUUAGGCCCAGCAGAGAGGUUCCUCAAAGUCUUGGUGGACAUUCCAUUCGCUUUCAAACGUCUUGAAACUCUGCUGUUCAUGUUUAUCCUUAGAGAAGAGGCCUCAAGCAUUAAGGAGUCAUUUGCAACAUUAGAGGUUGCUAGCGACAAGCUUAGAAAAAGCAGGCUAUUCUUAAAAUUGCUAGAAGCAGUUCUCAAAACCGGUAACCGCAUGAAUGAUGGCACCUACCGCGGUGGCGCUCAAGCAUUCAGGCUGGACACUCUCCUCAAACUCUCAGACGUGAAAGGAACCGACGGAAAGACAACACUGUUACACUUCGUGGUUCAGGAGAUCAUCCGUUCAGAGGGCAUAAGAGCCGUGAGAACCGAGAGAGAAAGCAGAAGUGUUGUUUCCAGCGUGGGAACAGACCAAGACGUCGACGAAAGCCCCGAAGCAUCUGAAGAACACUACCGCAGCCUUGGUCUUCAGGUAGUUUCCAGUCUGAGCAACGAACUUGAAGAUGUCAAAAGAGCAGCGCUCAUAGACGGUGACGCGCUGAGCAGUGCAGUCUCAAAACUCGGACACUCGCUGGCAAAGACGCAGGAGUUUAUGAACACUGAUCUUAAGAGUUUGGAUGAAGAGAGCGAGUUCCAGCGCUGCACAGAGAGGUUCGUGGAGAAGGCGAGGGAGGAGGUGACAUGGCUGCAGGAGGAAGAGAAGAGGAUCAUUGCGCAGGUGAAGAGCACUGCAGAUUACUUCCACGGGAAUGCAGGGAGGGAUGAAGGGUUGCGCUUGUUCUUGAUAGUGCGUGAUUUCUUGAUCAUAUUGGACAAGGUGUGCAAGGAGGUGAGGGAUAAGACUCUGAGGGCGGUGAAGUCUUCUCAGAGGAAAGAGGCUCUUUCCGUGCCGUCUUCUCCUGACACUCGUCAUCAGCAGUCGCCGCCGGCACCUUCUGAUCUGCAUAGGCGGCUAUUUCCGGCGAUUGCGGGGCGGAGAAUAGUUGAGGACUCUAGCUCUGAUGAUGAUGAUGAUGAUCACAAGGAGGGCUCUUCUACAUAGCUUUGCUAUCUAGUUAUUAGACACGCACUUAUGCAAGGAUUAUUGGAGAGGAUGUUGUUAUGCUUCAUGAACUGGCACAUGUGGCUGCUAGCAGAGUCAAGGAAACAGAAGCCUCGCUUGACACUGAAAUUUUGUGUGUGCAGUUUAAAUUGCCUCUGAUUUCUGAAGGGAGGUGUAAAUGUAUAUUAUUACGGCCAUUCCGGGUGAGUCCUGGCCAAUGUUAGUUAUCUGAUGUCAUAGUGUGGAGUUCUUCAUCAAACCCUUGAGUUUCUUAAUCUUCAACACAAUAUUACAAGAACUUAUGAAGAAAGGUGUAACAGAAUAUGUGUAUUUCUUGUUUGUUUUUGCCCCAACUGAUUUGAAUGAUGAUGUUUUGUGUUGGGUUGAUGUCUUCAAAUGUGAAGAGAAAUGAGAAAGUGUGAUAGUGUCUAGUUGAGGAGGCUCACCAAGGUUGCUUUUUUUAUGAGUGAUAUGCAAACAACAAAUUACAUGUCACUGAAAAAAAUCAACAGGCCACGUAUAUUCUUGCGUUUAGUCUUCCUAUAGUUUAGGGUUUUCUGAUGUCAAACUGUCAAUGAAUGUAGUUUGGAAACAGAUAGGUUGAAAAAAGCAUUCAGAUUGAUUGUUGUAGCACCUAUUCA